AUGGCGCCUCCUCGAGCGCCCAGCCCCGGCAUCCCACCGCUGCAGACCCCAAAUGCGACCCGCCCCAGGAAUCCCCGCGGGGGGUCUCCCCGCGCCCCGCCAGUCUAUAAGAAAAUUCUGCAAUGCCAUUUUGAGUGGGUGAAGUGGAAGAGGAUGAAAAAUGCCCAGACAAACAGCAGUGACAGUUACUGUGGCCACCCUGUUGGGCAUUGCAGUCGGGGGUCUGGUUUUGUGGAAAGUAAGCCGGCGUCGGAAAGAAAAGGUCUGUGGUGGUGGUAACCAAGUUGGAGCUCUGAGAAGGUCAGGAGAUGAGGAACUGACGGAAGUGGAGGAAAAGGAGUUGCAUUCGUGUGUCAGUUCUCCCACCAUUUCCUGGGUAGAGCAGAUCCUUGGUGCAGAAAUAGUGAUAGUUUCACAGGCAGAGGAGUGGGAUCGAGUGGAACCAUUACUGAAGAAGGAGCUGCAGAGGUGGCCAGUCCUUGGGAUUGACUGCGAGUGGGUGUCAGUGGAAGGAAAAGCCAGUCCUGUAUCCCUCUUACAGAUGGCCUCUUCCAGUGGCUUUUGCAUUCUUGUUCGAUUGCCCAGGUUGGUCAGCAGUGGACAGACUGUCCCAAAAUCUUUACUGGACAUCUUGGCAGAUAGCACUAUAUUAAAAGUUGGGGUCGGAUGUUGGGAAGAUUCUUGCAAGCUACUUCAGGACUAUGGCCUUGCAGUCAAAGGGAGCGUAGACCUCCGGUACCUCGCAAUGAGACAGAGGAAGGAUCUGCUCUGUAAUGGACUCAGCCUCAAAUCUCUAGCUGAGAACGUCUUAAACUGCCCACUCGACAAAUCUCUUCGCUUGCGCUGCAGCAACUGGGAGGCAGAAGAGCUGACUCAAGACCAGGUCACUUAUGCUGCCAAGGAUGCCCAGGUCUCAAUGGCUCUGUUUCUCCAUCUGCUGGGAUUUUUCUUCAUCCCUGCUGCAUCUGGAGGUGAAAAUGCUGUUGUUGCUUGGGCAAAGGUACUGGGCAAGUGCCAGGGCUUGAUGGAUGUCCCAUUCAGAGGAAGAAGUAGCAGCAGUCUAGGAGAUGAUGGAAAUGGAGAGGUGGACUCCCAGCAGAAACCAAGGAAUCGGAAGUCUGCAACUAAUGGCCAGUCCCCAGUAAAUCAACAAGUGAAGGAUCCCCGCAAACAGAAGCGAAAGCCCCUUGGUGUGGGAUAUUCUGCAAGAAAAUCUCCCCUGUAUGAUAACUGCUUCCUGCAUGCACCAGAUGGACAGCCUCUGUGCACUUGUGAUCGCAAAAAGGCCCAGUGGUACCUGGACAAGGGCAUUGGAGAGUUGGUGAGCACAGAUCCAUUUGUUGUGAAGCUGCAGUUCGAGCCCUCAGGACGACCUGAGUCGCAAGUUGAUUACUAUCUGACAGUCAAGGAGAACCUGUGUGUGGUGUGUGGCAAGAGAGAGUCCUACAUCCGGAAGAACAUCGUACCUCAUGAGUACAGGAGACACUUCCCCAUCCAGAUGAAGGACCACAACUCCCAUGACGUUCUGCUGCUUUGCACUUCCUGCCAUGCCAUCUCCAAUUACUAUGACAAUCAUCUCAAGCAGCGGCUGGCUGAGGAGUUCGGUGCCCCCAUUGGCUGCGAGGAAGGGGUGCGCCUGCUGGAGGACCCCCUGCGAAGGCAGGUCCGGUCAGGGGCCAGGGCUUUGCUGAAUGCAGACAGCCUGCCUGACACCAGGAGGGAGGAGCUGCUGCAAGGAAUCAAGGACUUCUUUAACACAGAGACCAUUACAUCAGAGAUGCUCCAGGAAGCAGCAGGCCUGGAAACCAGGAUUUGUAAUGAGAGCUACAUGCCGCAUGGGCUGAAGGUGGUGCAGUGCUUCGCCAAAGGGGGGCUGCGCUCACUCAUGGAGCUGGAGAGGCGCUGGCGGCAGCACUUUCUGGACACCAUGCAACCGAAGCAUCUCCCAAAGCGGUGGUCAGUCAACCACAAUCAUGGGAAGCUGAUUCGAAAAUAUGGGGAGGACCUUCGGAUCGAGCUGUCGUGAAAGUGAUUCCAGACAGCAACUGGAAGGACUAUUUGACUUUCAUCUCCCUGUUGGAACUGCAAGCUCCUGGGUGCAGAAUGGUCCAGGGAGACUCCCGUUGUCAGCAGUGGCUCUGCUGGGACUCAACAACACUACCAAUGGUUAAAUCAUGUGACUUCAAUGUUAAAAGGUGGUUUGGAAUUUUUAACCCUAGUCUGAAUGGAGCUGCUUGGUUCUUCACCAUCUUGUUCUACAGAGAUGGGGCCCUCAUGUAUGCAGACAUGAGCCCCUCCACUUUUAUUAGACUGUUUCAAUCCACAGUGGAUGUGCUAAGGAGACUUCUCCUCUGCUCAAAGUGACCAUACAAAAAUUGACACUUUCCUAACUGUUCUGACCCCUUGCCAUCUUUGGGGAGAGAUGAACAGGGCAGAUUCUGCCAGAGAGAGGUUAUAUCAGCAUGAAUUUGUGAUGACCAGCAUCCCCUGAGAGGUGUGUUGCAUCCAGUUCGUCCACCAAAGCACCAUGGAGGGCUUCUUCACAUGGGAUAUGAACCUGUUGUUUUCAAGCGCUACUGUGGACUGAUCCCCUUCAUCCCAUGGUUGCACCUCCAAAUUAAUCCCCAAUUCCGCCCCCACCCCUUGCUUUCGGUGCAGGCCAGCUGCACCCGGGUUAGCUUUUCUCGGAGGAAACCUUCUGUAAUGAUGCAGGGAUUCACCCCUGCGGCGCCUCCUGCUGGUCAUCUCGGGAAUUAGCUCUCCAGCCUCCGGAGCGCCCUCUACAGGCCGGUGUCCCGCUGCCGCUUGGCCCCCCAGGUCCCUCCUUAGACAUGGUGCCCCUUGUAUUUGGGGUGCUUCCCCCUGGCAAUACUCCUGCAGUCUCAGGGUCUCCCCACCCAGGGGAAACCCCACCCCCUAUCCCCACCUUGCCUCAGUCAUGGGCUACUGCCAGUCACCAUCUAGCCCCCUUUCACUGGGGCUGACUGCAGUCGGUAUAAGCCAGUCAUCAUAGGCAAGGGAGGUUUUGACUUGCUGCCUUUCCCUGCAACCCAGUACCUCCAGGGGCCUUGAACAAGGCCCUGCAGCUGGAGAGUUGCUGGCCCAGAGCUUCCCAGCUCCUCUGGCCUUUCCCCAGCCCUGCUUCACUCCAGUACCCUUUAGCACUCAGGCAGCUCGGUCCAUCUCCCUCCUCAGCUACAGAGAGACUGCUUGCUCCUGGCCCACUGCCCUCUUAUAAGGGCCAGCUGGGCCCUCAUUAAGCCAGCUACAGCUGUGGCUGCUUUCCCAAUUAGCCCAGCUUUCAGAGCUGCAGCCCUCCCCAGGGCUGCUUGUACACUUCCAGGGCCGGAGCGGGGUGAUCAUCCCGCUACACCUUCCCUAAAGAGACAUUCCUGUUUCAUGGACGGGAUUCCAAUGUGAAGAAACAGCACUUCUCUCUUACUGAGAACUGUGUCAGAAUUGCAGACAGGUCUCUCAGCCUUCUGAUGGCUGCUGCUGCAUCUUGAGGAAAAGUGACUCUGUCAGUGUGGGAGCACGAACGGUCAGAAAUCUAUUUCAGAACAAAACAAAACAUCUUUUAGACACACAGCAUGUGUCUAUAAAAAUGUUACUUCCCAAUACAAUCUUCCUGUGUAGACACUCUGAUGAAUAGCUUUUGGCAAGCACCCUCUCACAUCACUCUGAAAUGGGGUCAGCUGUCUUACAGAGGACGUGGAGGGAAGAAAAGGCGUUUUCAGAGAAGCAGUAUUUUCUAGGCAUCUGUGCACAUAAUUGGAAGCCAGGAGCCCCAGAGCGCUAAUCCUGGCUCUGACACUGACUUGCUGUGUGGCCUUGAAAAAGUCACAUAACUUAUCUGUGCCUCAGUUUCCCAUCUGUAAAAUGGGGCUAAUAAUACUUACCUACCUCACAGGGAUGUUGAGGCUUAAUUCAUUAAUGUUUGUAAAAUGCUUUGAAAAUGUAAGCUACACUUCUACCCCAAUAUAACGCGACCCGAUAUAACACUAAUUUGCAUAUAAUGCGAUAAAGCAGUGCUCGGGGGGGGGCAGGGCUGCGCACUCCGGUGGAUCAAAGCAAGUUCGAUAUAACGCAGUUUCACCUAUAACGCGGUAAGAUUUUUGGCUCCCGAGGACAGCGUUAUAUUGAGGUAGAGGUGUAUUAUGUGAGGGUUAAUUAUUACUGUUGAUUUUUAAAUGUUCUUGGCUUUCAUGUUUCUGCCUGGUGCUAGAUUUUAGUUGUAUUUAACGUCUUUUAAAUAAAAAACCCUUUUUCUAA